AUGGGAGACAAUGAUGCAGAUGCCGUUGAUUUCAGAGCUUUGAUCGAUGAGUUUCGAUUUAGCAGGGUCUUGAACUCUAAUCCGCAAACCAAGCAAAUUUCAUUAUUAGGUACGAUUAAGGGUCAGGAUGCUAUCGUGACUCUAGAGAAGACACACUUCCAGUUUGAUAAAGUGGUGAACAAUCCCAAUUCGUCUACGUUGUCGUUGCACCAAUGUGAAUCUGAAUAUUCUUGUAUGAAUUCCAUUCAGACGUUGAAACCAAUAGCAAAUAACGACAUUUAUUUCUGGGGGAUGUCUGUGAUGAAGCAGGACUUGGAGUUAAACCCCACGGCAAAGAUCAACUUGAUAUGGCCUGCCACACAGGUUCAUAUCGAGAAGUACGAUAAGCAGUUGUGCCAUAUGGUGAGGGAAACCCCAGAGAUAUAUAAGCGUAUCGUGAAGCCUUAUGUGGAUGAUAUGGUCAAUAACGGUAGGUUGCAAUGGGUUCAGAACAUCUUGUAUAACGGAGCAGAGAGUGACAGGGUCGUGUUCAAGUACUUCGACCAAGAGAGCCCCAAAGACGGCUUUGUGGUGCUCCCUGAUAUGAAAUGGGAUGGUGUCAAUAUGGAUGCCCUUUAUUUGGUUGCUAUUGUACAUAGGGACGAUAUUAAAUCGUUAAGAGACUUGAGACCCGAACAUCAACAAUGGUUGAUCGAUAUGAAGAAUAAGAUAAGAUCUGUGGUUCCUAGUUGCUACAAUUACUUGGUUCCCGCUGAUCAACUAAGACUCUUUAUCCAUUACCAACCCUCAUACUACCAUUUCCAUAUUCACAUCGUUAACGUCAGACAUUCGGGCCUGGGUGACGGUAUCGCUGUUGGCAAAGCUCAUCUCAUUGAAGAUGUCAUUGAAAACUUGAACUACAUGGGACCGGAGGGCUACAUGAACAGAACUAUGACAUAUGUCAUUGGUGAGAAUCACCAUCUCUGGAAAAAUGGUUUGGAGCAAGAACUAGAACAGCAACUAAAAGAUGACGGAAUUCCUGAACCACCAGAAAUCACUAAUGACUUUGAAUGA